AUGACAUUUCAGUACGACAAACUGCCCAACAACGAUUUCUUCCGUGUCUUUGAGCUCGGCCCCGGAAAAGAUAGCGACCCCCUUCAAGGCAAUCUUCGAACAUACUUACGAGAGCGAGCUCCCAAGUACGAGGCGCUAAGCUAUGUGUGGGGUUCCUCUGUUCAAAAUAGGCACAUGAAAUGCAAUGAUCAGACAUUUAUGAUAACUGAUAGCCUCGAUACAGCCUUAAGGCGUCUUAGGCUAGUUGGUGAUUCACGAUGUCUGUGGGUCGACCAAAUUUGCAUUGACCAAACUUCUCUCGAAGAGCGUUCUGAACAAGUUUCUAUCAUGAGGGAAAUCUACUCUGGAGCUACGCUUGUCAAUGCAUGGCUUGGCCCAGCAGAUGCAGAAAAGGCAACCGCAGCUGAAAUGAUAAUCUCAACUCUUACCAAAAGGAGGCCACACGAAUUACGAGAACAAGAAGAAUCGCCAGCUUGGGGGGCUCUGAGCUCUAUGCUAAAUGCCCCGUAUUUCUUUAGGGUUUGGAUCCUGCAAGAGCUUACACUUGCAGCUACGUACACCCUAUUAUGGGGGGAUCUCGUUAUCUCUAAAACCGACUUCAUGACAUUCAAAAUGGCAACGAGACGUCUUGGGAUGCGUUAUGAAGACCCGAAGACCCAAGUCGUGACUUGGGUGAAUCAGUAUUCGCAUGGUCGUUGUCCAAGAGUUAAGUGGAAUAUGGUUUCCGAGAUCUUCACAGAUGGCUAUAGAGAAGGAUUACUAGGUCUAUAUCUGCUUGUUUCUUUGACGACAUGCUGCCAAGCGACUGACCCCCGCGAUAAAAUCUUCGCGUUGCUCGGCCUCGCCGGCGUCCGGGCAUAUGGUAUCACACCAGACUAUCACAAGGCUGAGUCAACGGUCUUUGCAGAAUUUGCCUUGAGGGUUAUAUCAGAAGAAAGGAACCUUGAGAUACUCAAUUACACAGACAUAAAAGAACCUAAUGACAAAGAACGACGUCCCCUUUGGGCACCGAGGUGGCAUCACAAGGACACGACUGCACGUUUCAAUAGGAGUCUUUACGGUUUCAAAUCUUCAAAUACGAUGGAGACGAGAAUGAGAUCAUCGAACGGCAGCCACUCCUUGGAGUUGAAAGGUCUGCACAUCGACAAGGUCAAAGAAACUAACGGUCAGCAUAAGGAGUGGUAUCCUGAUAUCAUGGCUAUGGGUAGCAUGGCCAUCGACCACGGAUACCUCUUGGAAAACCAGUAUGGUUCGGAAAUUAUUACACCAAUUGUUUUAACGAUGAUAAGUGGCCGAGUACAGUCUAUUCUCGAUUACAACGAAAAGCUUCUGAAAGCAAUGAUUCAGCUUAUCAAAAUGGCAGUCCAAGCUUGUAUUUCUGUACCACAGAACGAGUCUAUCUUUGGAGAACCUGAAGUAUGGGAGUUCAUAGAUGAUAGGCUGGACCAGCUCUCUCCAGAACACACGGAAACGAUAUCAUUCUAUGUGGAUAUUCUUGAGAGAAUCUUGAGUGACAUUGAAGAGGAUGCUGCGGCCUUCUUGAAGAAUCUCGUACCUAGUCACGGUAAAAAGUUCUUCAUUACGGAAAAGGGCUAUCUUGGUACUGGCCCUUGUUGUUUAGAGGCUGGGGACUCUGUGUGCAUUCUUUUCGGGGGAGACAUGCCGUAUAUCGUCCGUCCAAACUCCCCCUCUAGCGACAAAUAUCUAUUUCUUGGAAACGCAUAUGUACAUGGGAUAAUGGAUGGGGAGGCUAUCACUACUUGGGAGGAACAGAAGGAUUGCCAGGAUCCGAAAUUUCAGGAACAGUCUUUCACGUUAUUAUAA